GGGCAAAGCAACCGACGAACUUGGAUUGAUAAUCAGUCGUACAGUGUCAUCACAAUCGGAAGGUUCUGCGGAUAUUAGUUAACACUUUAACGUGCAAUUUCUGGCGAGAGUCCUCCUCACACAAGUAGUUCGUAAGAUGGGUUUGAAGUUGAAAUGGUUUCGACGGCGGAUCACCUUCGAUGGGAUACCAUCGGCACCGGAGCGGGACAUUCGACGAAAAGAGGCAACAGCAGGAACAGUGAUCGGAGUCUAUCGAAAGAGUGCGCACUUUGAGGAUUACAUUGAACCCGUCCGUUCGUCCUACUGGGAACCUCCACCGCAAGCAAUCGCUCGUGCCACAAUUCGCUCAAACGGCAACCUACCAACCACGUCUACAGACAGUCCCUCGUCCAACUCGUACUCCUCGUCCUCGUCCACGCUGCGGGCCCGAGUGUCAGCGCAACGUGCAACACGGUCGCCACCAGUAUCGCCGGCACCCGUCGUACCUGCCGGAAUCUCCUCCGUUAGCAGACCCGUCUCAAUGGGCAAUGUCGUCAUGGAGGCAGAUAGCCGUGAUAAGAUAGUACGUCCUCCAGUCGAACGAUUGCAGCUUAAUGCGGCCGAGUACGACACGCCACCCGAGCCGAACUAUGCCGCACCGAAGCCACCCGCCAGAAAGGGGGUUUCCAAGGCGAAAUCUUUGGGAAAUCUGACCAACGAAGAAGCCACGAACAGCGUGAGUAAACAUUUCGGUGAUGAGCUGCACGAAUUGCGAUCACCACAAUCGGUGGAAGUGUUGAGUGAUCCUACUCCGAGAGUCGCUUCAACAACAUCCUCACCUCCAUCGUCGCCUAUACAUGUAGUGCCGAUUACACCGAUUCCGCGGACGACCUCUAGCAAUUCCUUGCCAUUGCGCGAAGCUGCUCCAAGUCCUGUCCAUCGGGACGUUAGCAACGAACCGGAGUACAUCGUUCCGCUGGCUGCCGAGGAACGGCAGCAACUCGACGAGCCGAUCUACGAUUCUUUCGAUGCUAUCUUCGAACGUGUGAAGAUGCGCAAACCUGUUAGUCCUGCCCCAGAGCGUGAUAGCAUGUCGACGCGACCUGAGACAUCAUCACCUGUACUACCUCACCGAGAACCAGUGGUACAGAAGGCGUCUGAAGAUGAUACGAUAUUCGAGAGAGUGAAGAUUUCUAGCUCUCCUACUCUUGGCUCGCAACGGUCUACGGGAACCCGUACACCGUCUCCGACACCAUCACCAUCACCAUCACCAUCACCGUCACCGUCACCUCCACCAAGGCAGAAACCGAUACUUAAAGUAGCGAUCGCAUCGAAUCCACCAACAUCUCCUCCACAACCGAAAUCGAUCCUUAAAAAGCGUGCUCCACCACCACCACAAACUCCGGUCGAGGCUACCUCCAGCAUGGUCGAAUUCACCAACGAAAUAGCCCCGGCGAUACCGACACCUCCUCCAAGAUCAAUACGAGCUACCACUCCGCAAGAUACUCCCGUUACACCUUCAGAGCGUAAGAUCGUCGAGUUCCCUGCAACAGACAUCCAACAACCUCCUACUACGACGCCGAAUGGUAGAGAUUCCGAUUCGGAUUCGGAUGACGACUUCAACUGGGACUUUGUGCAGAAGCACCGGUCCAGCAUUAAUCAAACAGUGGCCGCACAGACGCAGAUCGAUCCGGAUGUGCUGCGGAACGCUCCCGCAUCGCUCCGCACCGGCAUGACACAGGCAGUAGCCUCGCCACGCAACCUUCCGGAACCGGUUGCCCAACCGCGAACACUACGGGGCAUGCGAAAUCAAAGAGCGCACGGGCAGUUGGAAAACAUUGGCCGGAAUGAUGCUCCGGCUCAGCUUCCACCACCAAGAGCGCGUGCCAGUGACUCAAACGCGUCGGAAACGUCCGCCUAGAAAGCUUUUGCCCAGAAUCGAACGAAUAAAUAUUAUGAAGCUUAUCUGUUUAGGGAGGUUUUCUUUAGGAAAGUGGAAUAAUUGGCAAAGUGAGAGUGUAAACAAAAUACUGACUCAUCGCGUGUGAGUCACGAGCGUUCCUUGCCAAAAAAAAA